UGCCUAGCAACCCCAAUCGCAGUUCUACUGGGCGGGUCAUAGCGUAGUUCAACGGGUUUGCGGUGCUGUUGUAGUGGUAGACAUACGGUAACUAGUUGUAAGGAAUUAGGGUAAUAAUUUUUUUAUACUUUUGCAUAUUUUAUUAAGCCCAAAAGGAGCCGAUUUAAUUGUAAUUGCAUUUUACGAUUGAUUAAUUUAUUGCCACCGUGUUGCUUAACGUGUUCCGAGCGAUGGAGGGUUCCUCCGGUGAAGGCGACCUGUUUACAGUGAAACAUGAGCUGAAGAAUGCUAACUUGACCGGGCAUGCUGAAAAAGUAGGAAUUGAGAAUUUUGAAUUGCUCAAGGUUCUUGGGACAGGAGCGUAUGGCAAGGUGUUUUUAGUAAGAAAAAUCAGUGGCCACGAUGUGGGGAAACUGUAUGCUAUGAAGGUUUUGAAAAAAGCGACCAUCAUCCAGAAAGCGAAGACAGCAGAGCACACGAGAACAGAGCGUCAAGUGCUUGAGCACAUCCGACAGUCCCCCUUCCUGGUCACGCUGCAUUACGCCUUCCAAACAGACACCAAACUGCACCUCAUCUUGGAUUAUGUGAAUGGAGGAGAGCUGUUCACACACCUGUCUCAGAGAGAACGUUUCAGUGAGAGUGAAGUGGGAUUGUACAGUGGUGAAAUAGUACUGGCACUCGAACACCUCCACAAGCUGGGCAUUAUAUAUCGUGAUAUCAAGCUUGAGAAUAUUCUUCUUGACUCCAGUGGUCACAUUGUGUUGACAGACUUUGGGCUCAGCAAAGAAUUCCUGGUUGAUGAGAAUGAGAGAGCUUACUCAUUCUGUGGCACAAUAGAGUACAUGGCCCCAGAGAUCGUCAGAGGAGGAGACUCUGGUCAUGAUAAGGCGGUUGACUGGUGGAGUCUCGGGGUCCUCAUGUAUGAACUGCUGACAGGAGCCUCCCCUUUCACUGUUGACGGAGAGAGGAACUCACAAACUGAGAUUUCAAAGAGGAUAUUAAAAAGUGAGCCUCCAUUUUCUCCAGAAAUGGGCCCAUUAGCUAAAGAUGUGAUUCAACGUCUCCUGAUGAAGGACCCCAAGAAGAGACUGGGCUCUGGCCCUAGUGGGUCUGAUGAAGUGAAGAACCAUCCCUUUUACCAGAAAAUUAACUGGGAUGAAUUGGCUUCCAAAAAGGUGUCCGCUCCGUUUAAGCCUGUUAUCCGAGAUGAGUUGGAUGUCAGUAAUUUCGCAGAAGAAUUUACAGAGAUGGACCCAACCUACUCUCCUGCAGCUCUGCCUCAGAACUCGGACCGAAUAUUUCAGGGCUACUCAUUCAUUGCUCCUUCCAUUCUGUUCAAACGCAACGCUGUCAUGACGGACCCAUUCCAGAUGCAUUUAGGGAUGGAUCGUCCCGGAUCAACGUCUGUGGCCCGAAGUGCCAUGAUGAAGGAUUCUCCAUUUUACCUAAAUUAUGAAUUAGACUUGAAAGAGAACCCACUUGGAGAAGGGAGUUUUUCCAUAUGUAGGAAAUGCAUCCACAAGAAAACUGGUCAGGAAUUUGCAGUAAAAAUUAUCAGCAAAAGAAUGGAGUCGCAAACUCAGAAGGAAAUAGCUGCAUUGAAGCUGUGUGAAGUACACCCAAAUGUUGUGAAGCUCCAUGAAAUUUAUCAUGAUCAGUUACAUACAUUCAUGGUGCUGGAGUUGCUGAAAGGCGGAGAGCUCCUGGAACGCAUUCGUAAGAAGAAACAUUUCAGUGAGACAGAGGCGAGCCGGAUCAUGCGCAGACUCGUCUCUGCUGUGAGCCACAUGCACGACGUUGGAGUGGUCCACAGGGAUCUCAAACCAGAGAAUCUGUUGUUUACAGAUGAAAGCGACAGUUCAGAGAUAAAGAUAAUUGACUUUGGAUUUGCUCGAUUAAAACCGCCAGAUAACCAGCCAUUAAAAACCCCUUGUUUCACCUUGCACUACGCUGCUCCCGAGUUAUUCAAUCACGAUGGCUAUGAUGAAUCCUGUGAUCUCUGGAGUCUGGGAGUCAUCUUGUACACAAUGUUAUCAGGACAAGUUCCCUUUCAAUGUAAGGAAAAAAUGUUGACCCACACCAGCGCAGAAGAAAUCAUGAAAAAAAUCAAGGAAGGGGAUUUCUCCUUUGAAGGAGAAGCCUGGAAAAAUGUCUCCCAACAAGCCAAGAACUUGAUACAAGAACUUCUUACAGUCGAUCCAAAUAAGAGGAUUAAAAUGUCAAGUCUGCGAUACAACGAGUGGCUGCAGGACGACAGCCAGCUCUCCUCCAAUCCACUGAUGACUCCAGGCAUCUUGGGAACUUCCGGUGCUUCUGUGCAUACCUGUGUCAAGGCCACAUUCCACGCUUUUAACAAGUGCAAGAGGGAGGGCUUCUGCCUCCAGAACGUGGACAAGGCCCCCCUAGCGAAGAGGAGGAAGAUGAAGAAGACGAGCACGAGCACAGAGACACGCAGCAGCUCUAGUGAGAGCUCCCACUCCACCUCCUCUCAGACCCCUGGAAAAACCUCCCCCACCAAGAUGCUGCAGCCAGACAAUCCCCCGACCAGCAAUAACAACCCAGAGCCCAUCUUCCAGUUCUCAGAGUAGGCAAAAAAAAAAAAAAAAAACAGAGGAGGCCAAUUUCCAUUAUUAAAGUAGCAAUAGACAGAUGGUUUGCCACACUGAUGGAUAACUAAUUGAAGCAUUGUUAAGGGUUUGGCCUUUUGCAACUUCCGCUGCUAAACCAGGUCCGGUUUACUGUGCUCACUUAGUAAUCGUGGUCCAUAGUGGCCAUUGGAACAAAGUCUGCAAAAACCGUUAACAGAAGGGUAACCAUGUAUUUACGGAUGAUACAUUUUUACUGUUUUAAAAUGUAUUUUGGUCAUCAGCUCUUAGAAGCUACAUUUGGAUGAGAUCUACUGCAAAUUAUUGGGAAAAUAUAUUGAAUUUAUUUAAAGACAAGAACGUUUUGUAUAUGGAUUACCGCUUUUUGACUGGGUUAUAUUCUUAACAUACUCCCCCUGCCCCAAUUUAAAGUUUGUGUUUUC